AUGGCGAUCUCGCAAACACCCCAAGAUUCCCAAAAGAGAAAGAUUAUCAUCUUCUCCGAUUUCGAUGGCACAAUCUUCAUGCAAGACACAGGCCAUGUCCUCGUGGACAGCCUUGGCGGAGGCCAAGCCUACCGCAACAUGCUAGAAAAACAAUUCGAAAGCGGCGAGCGCACAUUCCGCGAGAUCUCCGACGACAUGUGGGGAUCGCUGACCAUCCCCUUCGGUGACGGAUUCGACAUCAUGAAAGACACCCUCAAGAUCGACCCCGGAUUCCAAGAAUUCUACCAAUACUGCCAGAAAGAGGGUUUCCCAUUCAACGUGAUCAGCGCUGGCCUGAAGCCCGUGCUUCAACGUACCCUGGAAAUCUUCCUCGGCGAAAAAGAAGCCGCCAAAAUGAACAUCGUCGCAAACAGCCUGGAAGCCCCCGGCGGCAUCCCCUGGAAACCCGUCUGGCUACACGACUGCGAUACAGGCCUCGACAAAGCCCUAAGCGUGAACGAAGCGCGCAGCCAGGCGCAGCUGGAAUGCCUGCCCGGCGAGAUUCCACUAAUUGUGUUCAUUGGCGAUGGCGUUUCAGACCUCGCGGCCGCCCGUGAGGCGGAUGUGCUCUUUGCGCGCCGCGGUCUGCGUCUCGAGGCACACUGCAAGGAACACAAUAUUCCGUAUACGCCUUUCGAUACGUUUGCGGAUAUCAAGCGCGAAAUUGAGGCUCUUAGCCUUGAGGAUCAGAAGAAGACUGGUGGUCACGGAAAGCCUGUGAGGUAUAACCCUCGCGCUAACAUGUGGCGAAGUCUUUCCAGUAAGGAGGCGGUUCCUACGCUCUUGGCUACGGCUACGCCUUCGGAGGUGGAGAAGAUGGCGCUUUGGCCUGAUUAUUUCUCUCAGCCUAAGGACCAGCCUGAGACUAUCCAAGAAUAG